AUGUGGAUAUUGGAUUCAGAAGGCGAUUUCUUAGAGGGGAAGCGCGUGUGGCUGCGGCCUGGGAAGAAGUAUCUCUUCGGUCGGAUAAGGCAAGAUGGCGUUCGGCAUGCCAUUCAGCAUUCUUCGAUAUCCCGAAAACACAUGGUCAUUGAGGUGUCACCGGUCAAACCUGGCGAUGGAUCGCAUAUUUACACGAAGUCAGAAAUCACCAUUCACGACCAGAACUCCAAAUGUGGGACCACAGUCGAUGGGGAGUCGAUAAAAGGUGGAAAUAAGAAAUUGACUGGAGACGAACAUAUCGUCAAACUAGGAAGAUACCAGCAUGCACUGCGGAUCAAGUGGCAGCCUACGGUCCUCAGUUUCUCCUUCUCCUCGAAAGAACUCAAAGCGAAGGAUCCCCUGGCGCACGUCCGCUCGCGUCUCGAAGAUCUGGAUAUCAAAACAAUUAUCCCCUAUGUUGUCGGUCAUACCACGCACGUUGUCCAAAGCAAGCGUAAUACGGCCAAAGGUCUACAGGCGCUGGUGAACGGGAAAUACAUAGUACAGGAAUCAUACAUCGAUGCGCUUGUGUAUGCUGCAACCCCGAGUGAUUUGGAGAAUCUGGAGUCAUUAUCGCCUCUGGAAACCGACUUCGACGCUGCGUGGCCGGACCCGACAGAGCAUCUCCCACCUCCGGGGAAAGAAGCCGUCCCUCGGCCCGCUGAGGCAUUUGCACCGAGGACCGACAGAAUCAACAUCUUUGAGGACUAUACUUUCGUUUUCUGGGAUGGCUCGCAAUUCAGCAACCUGCAGGAUCCGAUCAGCAACGGGCACGGAAAAGCCCUGCUAUACCCGCUAGAAAAUGGGGUGACUACUGCUGAUGAGAUUGUCCAGUUUAUGAAGAAUGCAGCGGGGCAGAAAGGCCUUGGUGGGGAGAGGGAUGGUCCUGGAGGGGUAGUCCUUGUCCGAUUUCGUUCCAAGGGGGAAUGGGAGAACUGGUCAAUUGAACUGAGCAAUCAAGUCGCUCUAAUGACCGAUCAGCGAGUUAUUGAGCAGAACGAAUUCCUUGACGCCAUUCUGGCAAAUGAUGCGUCCUCUCUGUGUCAGCCUUUGCCCGAAACGGAGUCGAGCCCUGAGGUUGGGCGAACGCCAGCAUCACAACUCCCAGCGACUCCCAGUGAACACGUCGAGGUGAUUGGUGAUUCCCAAGCGGUCGAGGAGCCAAGUGAGCCAGCUAGAAAAAAGGUCAAGUCUUCGAAGAUUCGGCCCAUUAGCAGCAAAGUGAAAUCCUUUGACGAUGAAUUCGAUAUAUCCUCGAUUCCCACCUACGCGCAAAACGAACGAGCUGAUUUGGUUGAUUCACAACUAGUUCAGGACAUACCGCCUUCAUCCGACCUCCCUUCGCAACAGGCCAGCAUUCUCGACAAUGAGGAAGAUCUAGUUUCCAGUCUCUUGCCCGGUGCUACAGCAAUGAAACGUCGGCGAGCCGAGACCGUACAGCGUAGCCUUGGAGAGACUCAAAGCCUUCCUAAAACAGAAGAAUCUCGCAAACCCAAACGACAAAAGUUGGACGUACUCGAGGCGGCGCGGCAGCAUCGCGAAGCGGAAGAGGACGCCGAGCGCAAGCGCCGUCAAGAGGAAGAGGCAUCUCUCCAAGACUCUCUGAGAGAUACGGACGUCGAGAAACUCAAAAACCUAGCCAUUGUGGAAGAGAUGGAAAUCAAGCCUCGUCCUGGCGUCGCGGAGGACAGUCGAUGGGAUGAGCGAUGGAAUGGACGCAAGAACUUCAAAAAGUUUCGCCGGAAAGGUGAGCCGGGUCGACCUCGGCAUCGCAUUCAGACAGUUAUUGUUCCCUUGGAGGAGGUGACACGGAAGGAUUUUGGCAUCGGCGAUCAUUACUGGGUCACCAGCCACGCAACGUCUGAUCCUCGACCAUCAGAAAGCCAGCGCGAGCGCUCUCUAAGCCGAGACGGGUCGUCUCGUGCCCAGUCCCAGGCCCAGUCUGUUUCUGUGUCUGUGUCUAGGGUCGAGUCUGCGACACCAGCACCUCGAAGUCAGAAACGACUUCGAGAAGAACGUGAUUCGGAUAGUGAUGAUGAGCCUCGAUUUAGAUUUCGUCGCCGGCGGUAA